CCCGUACCUUCCAAGAGCUUCUCCGGGAAAGGCCAGCUCCGCACACGCUGGAACGAAGGCGACUAUGCCGACCUGGGCUGUCUGACAGACCACGGUCGAUGGACCUCGGACGAGUCGCUCUGCGGCACUUUCACAGCGAACCAAUAUACCACCGGCACGUACGCACAGGUUGCCUUCACCCUCACCAGCGCAUCAGGCCCUUGCAACAUGCUGGGCGGUCGACUGGACUGUGAGCCAGGGAACGAGCCGUACAAAUAUUUCGGGAUCUGGCAGUUCAGAAACUCCAUACCCGGGGUAGACUGCUUCCGCUAUGCCCAGUACGGACUCAUGGCCACGUGGGGGAAGAGCCCUCCUACCCCGGAAGACCCGCCACAGGACCUUCAUCUGACUUCGUACGCCGAACCGGGCAAGAGGGUGUGGCUGACUUGGAAGCCGUUGGAG